UUCUUGUUAAACUAUGCAUGUUACAAGCCACCAACCCAUAGGAAAUGUUCUUAUAAAGUUGGUGAAUCAUUCUUGCUCAAGAAUAUGCGCUUAUCGCAAGAAUCCAUCGAAUUCAUGCGUAACAUUUACCUUAAAUCCGGCUUAGGGGAUGAAACUUAUGGACCACCAUUCAUAUUUGAAGAUGAUAAUAAUAAUAAUACUAACAACAUGCCUACACUAAAAAGUGCAAAUCAAGAAGCUCAAGAAGGGGUAUUUUCAUCUAUCGACGACCUUCUAGCUAAAACCCUAAUCGACCCUCAAUCGAUCGACAUUGUCAUUGUUACAUGUGGGAGCUUUUCGCCUUCCCCUUCGCUCUCUUCACUCAUUGUGAACCGUUAUAAGCUUAGAUCGGACGUGAAAACGUAUAAUUUGAGUGGAAUGGGAUGCAGUUCUGGGGUUCUUUCCAUUGAUUUUGCAGCUAAGGUUUUGCGUGGGAGUAGAAAAGUCCAAAAUGCACUUGUUGUGAUCACAGAGAGCAUAACUCUGAAUUGGUACAAUGGUGAAAACCGUUCGAUGCUCGUGACUAAUUGUAUAUUUCGUGUUGGCUGUGCUGCUGCUAUUGUUAGCAAUGAUCCUAAACUUUUGGAAGGUGCAAAAAUGGAACUUGUUCAUUCACUUAGAACUAACCAUGGUGCCGAUGAUAGCGCGUAUAAAGCUGCAUUUCAGGAGGAAGAUGAUAAAGGUAUUACUGGUGUUUCACUUACCAAGGAUCUGAUAAGAGUGGCAGGGCUGAACCUACGUCAACACAUCAAAAUACUCGCACCACGUGUCCUUGCAAUAACCCAACUCACAAAUUACGCUUACUCAAUAGUCAUGUCUACAAUAUUAUCCCAACGCAAAUUCAAGCCAGUGGUUCCUGAUUUUACAACAGCAUUCGAACACUUAUGUAUUCACACAGGUGGCAAGGCAGUAAUAGAGCAAGUUGGUCGAGUUUUAAAAUUGAACGAUGAAGUGACAGAGCCAGCAAGAAUGACUUUGAACAGAUUUGGUAACACGUCUAGUAGCUUAGUGUUUUAUGAGUUGGCUUAUUUUGAAGCAAAAAAAAGAGUGAAAAAAGGGGACAGGAUGUGGAUGAUUGCGUUUGGGAGUUUGGUGUGGAAGUGGAUUCAAGAUUCAACUCAAGAUUCUGAUAACCCUUGGAAUGAAUGCAUAGAUAAUUAUCCAUUGAAGGCCUGGUGAAUUUAAUACUUUGGCCAAUUAAGAAAAUUGUGGUGCAGAAAAAGGCAAAGGAAUAGCAAAAAGAAUUUUCUUGGGGCACCAUAUAUAUGUGCAUGCAAGUAUAUUGAUCAUUUGAAGAUACUGAAGCGCUCAUUUGUUUCCCAAAAGAAAAAGGGAAAUAAAAUAGAUAUAAUAAAUUCUCAUUAUUGUUUCUUUAAUUUUCUCAAUAUUUAUAUAUCAAUUUUUACUGAUUGGUGUUAGUAGGACAUGUUUAAUUUUUAUUACACCAAUAUAAUGUAAAUCUUCUAGUACUAUUAGUUGGUCAUUUGAAAACUAAGGUGUAACUGGCGCGCGGUAGUGUGUGCGGUGUCAUUUGAAGAAGUAAGUAAUUGAAUAAAUCACUAUAAUGACAAACAGUGUUGUUUUUA